AUGGCGGGCCACAAACCCAUUGCUCGGGAGGAUGACUACGACUUUCUGCACUCCCUCCUGGGUUCCGUAAGUCUCGCUGUCCACAUUUAAUGUUAGACUGUCUUUCAGGACCAGCCAGUCACAUCAUGCAUUGUAAUUUCUGGACCACCAGGGAGUGGCAAGUCGCUUUUGAUAAACUCGGUUCUGGACGACUUGUCGCAGAGCUCUAACACGAGAUCAGUUAAAGUUAGCUGUCUCGAGGCCUGUCCAACAAGCACAGGAGUCCUUAACACUAGCCAAAACCUCGUCUUGUUCGACCUCCUCCUUUACCAUCUCAAAUUCCGCUACUGUCCCUCUGCCGAAUUUACAACACGCUGCGAUAGCCCUGCUGCAUUCAUUGAACGCCUCACUGACCUGCUACUCUCUAUUUCCUGCAAAGACGAAAGGAUGCCUGGUAACUUGCCCUUUUCUGUCGUUCUUACCGGAUUAUCUCUUGUGUAGCCACUUUCUGCAUCGUCCUACACCAGGCUGAAAAAUUACGAGACAGUGCUGCCGAUCUCCUGUCAGUAAUGGUCACCCUGAAUUCUCUUGUAGCAGAGCAUGCACGCAUUUAUCAUCCCUCUGUUGUUACCUCGGGCCGCCUUCCUAACGUCGUCAGUGUGCUUCUGACCAGUUGCUCUUGGGACAAGUUCUACUCUGGGACCUUCGCUUCAGAACCCACCACGCUCUACCUAAAGUCGUAUACACGAGAACAGUUGGCUGCUAUCCUAAUACAUGCCUCACCCACUGAAUCGCCGCGCUACGCGAGGUUUGUGGACCUCUUACUCACUGUCUGUUUUCCCGUGACAAGGAGUGUCCGAGAACUACUCUACCUUGCACAGGUGAGUUAUUUACUUCUGAAAUGUGUGGUGCGAGUCUGUAUUUCUGCUGUUUUGUACAAGCUCCAACCCCUCUGUUUAUGUAAUUAGGAGAUUGCAGUCUUUGAAACUCGCCGAUCAGCACGGCUAGAGUUUUGCUGCCGGACAACUCCUUUAUUUAUCAUGGGGUGGGAUAAGUUAUCUUUAAGUUGAUUUAAAAGUUACGUUUUCUGGGUUCUUAGAAGUGAGAGAACUCAAGCACAGUACCAGAGUCGCCGAUCUAUCUAUUCAUUCCGAAAAUCCGAUCAUUCGUAGUCUCAUAGUCUUGCUACUAUGACCGCUCUGGCACCUUUUUGUAGGAGACGCCAGCUUAUUCGCCUGUUCCUCCACCGAGUCCGCAGCAGAUCAAUUACCUUGUGGGAUAUGAAUGGGCAUUCGACUCCGCGGUAUUCGCGGGGUUAGGGACCACAGUUACCCAAGAACAGCUGAAAUCCGUGAAUACUUGAGAUUUUUCUAAAAAGAAGCUCAUAACUUUCUACCAAAUGCACCUUGAACUACCAUCCCAAAACACUUUAGUAUUUUUCUCUGUUUACAUUAAUAUUUGAAAAUGAGUAGAUCAUUUUCAUCGUGAAAAAUGUAUCUAGUUACGCAAAUAAACACAAGUAAUAAACGACGGUUUUAGGUAUGCUCUACGAAGAAAAUCCGCGAGUAGACGGGUGUCAACUGUAUUUUCCCGGGGACACUUUAGCUGCAUAGACUGCCUACUCAUUUGACUUAGGUAAAUUGGUAUAAUUAAACAAGAUUCCUUGAUGCCCUUCUUUUUCGGACAGUGUCUAGGUUUUGGAGAAGAAGACACGAUCGCCGGGGCAAGAGCUCUAUUAGCCGGACGUUUCGGAUUCCUGCUCGAAUCCAUCAUCAGAGACAAAAGCAGAUAAGGGUGGUUCAUGCAUAUGCGGCUGCAGUAUUUAUAGGAUGCAAUAGCCAUGCUACCGCAUACCUAUGAUUAUUCCCGGCUUCCCCCACUUCAUCAGGGAUCGUUGCACGUGGCGUGAUGGCCGACAUUCGCGUCGUUAAUUGCUGCAAUUCCAUCACGUGCGUUGGAUGUUAGUGUGAUGAUUGCUCGACCAUCUGACGUGCUGACGCGGGUGUUGGGAAGAGUGUUCACCUGUGUUCACCGACGCGAAUGUCGACCAUCACGCCACGUGCAAUGAUCCCUGAUGAAAGGGGGGGGAGCCGGGAAUAAUCAUAGGUAUGCGGUAGCAUGGCUAUUGCAUCCUAUAAAUACUGCAGCCGCAUAUGCAUGAACCACCCUUAUCUGCUUUUGUCUCUGACGAUGGAUUCGAGCAGGAAUCCGAAACGUCAGGCUAAUAAAACUCUUGUCCCGGCGAUCGUGUCUUCUUCUUCAAGACUGCUUCCUGGGACUCGUCUCUUCGCUUCUAUUGGCAGUCAUCUAGGUCGUCGCCAUGACCGCCGGACAGGGCUGGGUGCUCAUUGACCCCUAACAUCCACCCCUUUGGCUUCUCCCUCCGUACCAGCUUUUCCCCCUCUGCGACUAGUAUAAUGCCGACUGAAGGCCAUGUUGAUACGGCGGUCCCCGUAACCCUCAAAAGGUUUUCUGCCAGUUGAGAACAGAGUGGUCAGACAGUGCUAGUUGUCUUUUUGUCGUUACUGCUGCCCACCCCGACACUCCCCCCUCCCACCUGCCUAAAACAGUCAGUGGGGUCUAACCGGGCUAUAGUGAGCCCUGCUCCUUCUGCGCACGUCUUACGCUACCGUUACGGUGCGCGUGGUAGCCACGAGUCAGUUUUCUGUUUGUCACAGACAAGGUUGCCGGACAAAACUAGUUGUCCUUUGCCUCUAUCACCGGCUACCCAUCACCCAACCUCCCUACGUAAUUAAGUGAAUACCGAUUGUAGUGUACCUUGCUAUUUUCGUGUAUUUCUUCCCUAACCGUUACGGUAGGCGUCGUUAUCCGUCGAGUUUUUUUUAUAGUCGCAGACAGGUCGCUAGGAAGUACCACUUGCCCUUUGUCGUUACCGGAGCUCAAGUGCAAAAUCUGUCACAUUUAUUGCUUUCCCUUGAUUGUGGCCAACCUGCUCUCUACCGCCUUCAUGUAUAUAUAAUUAUCCCAGUGCCCCGACUUGAAGGAAUGGCCUUGACGGCAUUGACGAAAGCUCACCAACCAUUCCGUUUCUAGAUCGGUUAUCCGAAUCCGUCCCGUCAAUGGUUGCGCAGUGUGUUUAAUGGGGUUGCGUGGUUCCCUAUUGGCCACUUCUCGCAGUGCGCGGAAUUGAAUACACAGUUACUUAUUGCAUUAAAACAAGCGCGUGACAUAAAUAAGGUUUUCUGACUUCCUACAUAAUUUAAACCGUACCGUCCCUUCCUUUAAAAAUCCUCAUCCGUAUUGCACGUGGUCUUGCGACACAAUGGCGGAGGGGAGCAUGCAUUGGUCGGAUGUGGUUUGGUAGCCCCACCUGAAGUAAAGAAACCCCAGUCACCUCUAAUACGGGAUCGGUAGUAAUAGGGUUUUUACAGGUGUGUCCGGGGAACGCACAGGCGACGAGGUCAGGUAGUUGUAUCCAAAAGAAACGCUAUUGGGAGAGCUUGUUUGUACUUUCAAUGGUUGAGAAAUAGUUUCUUUAACCCCCAACCCUAACUCUAACCCCCCACUAUAACCUCUAAUCCUAGACCCCAACCCCAGCCCCAACAGUAUUGUGUCCAUCAGGUGGGGCUGCCAAACCACAUCUUACCUAUGCAUUUUUUACUUGGCCCAUUACUAUUUCUCCGCAACUCCUGUUGCAUGUGACACGCAUUUCCCGUCACCUCAGACACUGCCAGUCAAUCAUCGCCAGUCGGCAUUUCUCGGACUGACUGCCGGUAUGGGAAAGAAAGAGAGGGUAAGAUCGAUUCAGUCCGGGCCCAGCGCUUUAGCUCCUCGUCUAUAAACAACAGAGUGCAUCUUAAAACUACCACGGCGCACUAACAGCCGUGUCUUGCAGAAGUGCAAGCUAAAGGCGCAACUUGAUCUUACUCAAGACUGAGAGUCGGAAGGAAUAGCCCCCUACCGUGGCACCCAUUUAUGUGGGAUCCGAGAUAUCCUCAGUAUAGACUGGUUUGUAGGGAGUUAAGGAGAUCGCGUGUAGCAUGUGGAUGGACAGUCUAGCUUUGUCAGCCACUGUCUCCACGCCUAUCCCUAAGCUUCUGACUUUGCCUUGCCAGCGGAGUGCUGUAGGCGGGGAAUGAGUGAGCUGAGCAGACUUGCGUCACUGCGAAUAAAGUAACAGUCUCCCUAGUCUUUUUCGGUACCAUGUCAUUUAAUUCUACGACUUGUCGCUGUGCGACCGCCUGCGAAGGUUCUAGUAUGAGCCCCAAGGCACAGCGGAACAAGCAAUUUCCGUAACCUGGUCGGUGAGCUCCCAUCUGUCGUGAUUGGUAUUCCUGAUCACAACCGAUGUAUAUAUAUAUAAUGCAUAGACAGCUCGCUUGACAUGCUUAUAUACCUCACUUCAUAAGGCCUAUGACAUACUGACGAUCGGUAACGACCGUGAAACAGCUGUCUGCGUCUGGCCUGCUGCACCCUUAGCGAGCUGCCUAUGUAUUAUAUGUGGUAUGUGUCCUAUAGCACAGAGUUCGUUGUUGCCAGUAGCAAGCUGGCGGGCGGACAGAAUGGGAUCGAGUGAGAUCCUAACCACAACAGUAAGUGUCAAACGCCUACUUGACAUGCUUAUAUACCUCACUUCAUAAGACCUAUGAGGUACUGAUGAUCGGUAACGACCAUGAAACAUCCGUCUGCGUCUGGCCUGUCGCAAGUUCGAGCCCCAGAUUUUCCGCACUUCGGAGUUGGGCAUGACUGGCUGACGACGACUAAUAAGCCAGAAAUGGCCAUUCCAGUCUCCCUUGUCUUCGUCGGUAAUGACAUAAUGCUUAUAUCAUGCGCCGCUGUGCGGCUGCAGGUUGAGCUCGAGGGAGAACCCGUAAGGCACAACGGAACGAGUGAGUUCCGUAAGAACGGUCGGUGAGCGCCCCGACCAUUAUAUAUAUAUAUAUAUAUAUAUAUAUAGAUGAGAUGAUACCGACAAAGACAAGGGAGACCGGAAUGGCCAUUUCUGGCUUAUUAGCCGUCAUCAGCCAGUCAUACCCAACCCCAAGUGUGGAUCACUUGAGAUUCGAACCCGGGAUCUUUGGUCAUGGAGUUGAACGCUCUACCAUUGAGCCACGGGCCCGUUGUCCUGUCGGUUGUGAUCGGGAAUAUUAAUUAUGACAGUGGGCGCUCGCCGAUCAGGUUACGGAACAUGCUCGUUCCGUUGUGCCUUGGGGCUCAUACUUAAACCCUCGCAGGCAGUCGCACAGCGACUAGUAGUAGACAUAGAUGAGAUGAUACCGACAAAGACAAGGGAGACCGGAAUGGCCAUUUCUGGCUUAUUAGCCGUCAUCAGCCAGUCAUACCCAACCCCAAGUGUGGAUCACUUGAGAUUCGAACCCGGGAUCUUUGGUUGGGUAUGACUGGCUGAUGACGACUAAUAAGCCAGAAAUGGCCAUUCCGGUCUCCCUUGUCUUUGUCGGUAUCAUCUCAUCUAUGUCUACUACUAGUCGCUGUGCGACUGCCUGCGAGGGUUUAAGUAUGAGCCCCAAGGCACAACGGAACGAGCAUGUUCCGUAACCUGAUCGGCGAGCGCCCACUGUCAUAAUAUAUAUAUAUAUAUAUAUAUAUAUUCACUCAGGAAUGGGCGCACACCGAUCCAUUGGCUUCCCGAAGCAAACAAGCUUCGUAUGGGCCAAAGGGGUCAGGAACAGGCAACCACCUACCAGGCCUCGGUUGCUUUCGCACCUAUCUAGGGGAGUACAAGCUGAAUUUUCGCAAUGAAGCUCGGCAUAAUCGAAAUGUAUGAAGUCGCAGUUAUAACCGAGCGCCAGGGUGUAUUCGAACUAAACUUAAGCUGGGCAACCAAGUCCGUCAUUUUCUGAAACAGGUCAGGACGCAUCUUCUAUACGUGGCUCGUGUCUGGCAUUCACUCUGCUAUCGCGCCUUAGUGGUCCCUGGUAGAUGAGGUAAGUGAGCUAAUUAACUGACUAAUCUUCGAAAUAUCAAGUUGCCUCCUGGUGCCCGGCUAGCUAAAGCGUACCAGAUGUUCCUGGUAGUUGUACGCCAAUUUUCGUUGCAGUUGUAUGGUUCAGAACGCAUGAUCUCGCGGCAUAAGCUCUUGAGGUCCGUAUCGCCACGAAGUCAAGCAGCCUCUACACUAUCAGCAAAUCAGAUCACUUCACCGGAUACAUAUUCCUUGUCGUGCCGCUCGCCGCGACAUGUCCUCUCUUGCCAUAUACUUGGGAGAGUAUUUUCAGUCCCAGCUACUUCUUUUCAUCUAAGAGCAUCUGAUAAGUAACUCUCUUGCGUAAGUGCCGCUGAGCAGUUAGGGACACCUGGAAGCCCGUGGUCGUGGCAAAUUUAUCCAGACGGCUAACAUCGUGCUUACUUUUUCGACAGCACGUAAUCUAAGCGGUAGCCGAACUCCCGUAAGAUCACAGUCGAAAUUAUUUCCAUUGCCGUUAUCAGCGCAGCGCAUUGCUCCGAAGUUUAGCAUGCGGUAACUGGGUUGAUUUUGACUGUGGCCAUCAUUUCGGUACCAGCAGCCUGCAAAAUCUUUACCUGAGAUUCCAAAAACGGGUCCUUUUAAUGGCCAAGCAGUUCUCUGUAACGAAAUUGAAAAGUCCUUCACCAUUCGGGUGACGGGUCCCACCACGGCAUGGUUUUCGUCUCGACACUACAGUCCUCUCUCACAACAGGGUCGCGCUGUGCAAUACGCCUGACGCCGUCUGCUUUUUUCUGCCCAUUAUCAAAAUUAGGUGUUGUGAUGCAAUACCGUCUGGCUUAUGCAGAGUUCUCCAUGACAUUACUGUGGCUGUGAGCAGAAAUUGUUUGGUUUCAGAACAACCAAAGUUCUCACCCAAGUGAUGUGGAUAUUUAUCGUCGUAUGAGUAGGACACGUCUGAGGGUCACAUCGAAAUUAUCCGGCCCUAUCAUAUAUAUUAAUUGCACCAUUAAGGAAUAGGAGUCUCAUUCUGCGAGUAACCAGUGUUGGCGGUAAUUGAGUUUCAAAAUAUAAUAGGCACACCGGACGUCUAAAAUGCCGAAUCUAAACCUCAUGGGGAAGGUGUCCUCACCGACUCGCUGGUCCCUCUCAUCAUUCACGUGUCCCCCGUAGUGGGGGGCAAUAAACUCGUCCCACCUGAUUAUUUUGACUAUUACUGCUUGUCAUCCCUGUAGUUCAAUUGGAAGGCCUUCGAUGAACCAGUAGCCAGUGGCAAGGUUGCUGCUGAUGAUGAAUGGGCUCAGUGGCGCUACGCCCUGCCCACACUCAAACGUUCCCUCUCUACCAUCUACCUGCGUCCGGAACCAACACCUACCAACCCACUGGCUGGUCCUGUGGUUUGCGCCAAUGCGACUACCGCCGCAAGUGCUAACGUCCUCGAACUGCCCCUCUAUGCGCGCUUCCUCCUCGUUGCCGCCUACAUUGCCUCCUACAACCCCAAAUCGGCGGACAAGCGUUUCCUCGCGAAGGCACGUCCCUCUCUUCUAACCAGUCCCUUCUCGGCAUGCACGUUUGUGAUUUCUAACAAGAACUUUUUCUAUCUCUACCAUUAUGCUUUACCUUUAGAACACUGGAAAGCUCUCAUCUCGUGCAAAGAAACAAUCAAAGAAAACGGAGAACGUAAGUGUACCCUAAAAAAUCUCAGGUUUUCACAUGCCUCAGUAUUUCAUCCGAGUACAGCAUAAAGGUCUCAUUUUAUUGGUUUUAUGUCAACUUUACAUAAACAGCUUAUCAUGCAUCGUGUGUUUUGGGCUCUUUGACUGGUUACCUUCCCAGUAUGGGUGCUCACAGAUCUUAAUAUUACUGGCUGUUAUGAUGCCAAAGCUAGGGAUAACGCUCCUCACCGUCUUUAAUCAGUCUUUUAAUGACCCUAUUUGUCACUCGGCCAAAGCCGCCAGUUCCGUCACCUUUGCGUUUUUUAAUUGUAUCUCCUGGCCUGCUAUUAGUAUUACGGUGUUAAUUAGUAUCUUUCAUUUUGGUGCUCUGGAAUUCGUGCUUUCUGUAUCGUCUCUUAUAUCAGCACUUCGACACGGUAACAAAAUUCGACGACAGUAUAGAGAAGGACCCCACUUAACUGUCAGUAGAUUGUGGACCGUGUCAUAUAGGGUUGUAUCUAGGCAUGCAUUUGCAGGCUGUUGCAGAAAUUACACUGCCAACAACGAUUACUUCCCACGACCUCACACCGUAACUCAAAAUCCGUUAUUUUGUAAAAUUUACUUCUUGUUUAUUGCUUGAUUACUACUCUCAUUUCCGUUGUCGUACAAUGGCGUAGGAUAAUACUUUUGGCAUAAAACCAGGCAAUUUCUGUGUCUUCUUUCAUUUUGUCAACUUACUGUCCAGCGUGCUGCCCUACCCAUAGAACUCCCUUUAACAUGAAUCACGUAUGGCACAGUUCACAGUCUACCGAAAGUUAAGUGGGGUCCUUCUCUAUACCGUUGCCCAAAAUUCAUUGGACAAAAUACUGCCUGAAAUUGUUACAGUGACCCACCUACAUCUGGAAGAAUUCCCAUUCAGAAAUUGCAGUUAGCAUGGCCGCCGCCUAGUCUUUCGGAGACUCGCAGGCCAUUUUGUGCCCAUCCCGAAAAAUUCCCGGACUGCCCACUUUCUAUCUUUGUACUUUUUUUUAUCCACUGCGGACUUAAGCCUACAACCAAACACGCACCCUCCAACUACUGAAAAGAUUUGGUCUAUGCGCGCUGCUACUCUGGGAAUGGUCAAAUCAUUUGACCGCUGGUGUCUUCACAGGGUACAACGGAUGUGAACGUGCCUCCGAGCAUGGACAUCAUUGUACGUUGGGGGCACCUCUUGUUGUUUAGGCAGUGAAACCCUGCCUUCUGAAGUGGCCCACACUCCUCUGACUCGAGAGAGAAGUAAUUCGCGAAGUCGCGCUUUCCUAAUUCCAACUCUAAUUGGUGUCUUCGCCGUGAUGGCAAAAUGAAAACUGAACUGGCGUGGUCAGGUUAGGCCUAGGGCGAAUGCCGGUUCCGACUGUCUUUAGUGUUCGGCAGUUGAACACCAAAUGGGCCAGGAUUUCUUAGUGUGCCUACCCACUGUUCUGAUGGCAUGGACAGCAAGGGUUGUAAAGUUGUGUUCUUUGGAAUCAGCUAGAGCAACACUGGUGCGAGCUGGUAGAAGUACUGUGUGUGUCAGGUCGCGGGAACUACUGCUCCUAUAACGAUCUUCAACAGUCUACGUCCACCAUAAAGACCUGCUAUUUAAAUAGCAACCUCGGCUACCCUGUUCUUCCGCCCUGCCAGUUCAGGCGGCGGUUACAGGCAGCUGCAAGCUGUGGCAGUUUACUGAUCAGUCAUGCCUGUAGAUGCUCUCAGCCCCUCCGUCUUUCAUCCACCGACUAGUUGGGAUGCAUGGAAUUUUGGGCGAGCAUCGGAUAUGUAAGUCCAUUGGGAAAAAAUGAAGCCACGGACUCCUGUGAUACGGAAAAAAAUUUUAAUAUUAGAUUGAUCACUAUGGCAGAUGGACGUGAGGAUUAACCGAAUCUACGAAAGGCACUGAGAAAAUCCGUAUUUCGCCGUAGGUUUUAUUAUUUUAACUAGGUGCCGAACCAGACCACACAGUCUGAAAAGUGUGAAUUAGGCCGUGCAAACAAGCGGAAAACGGAUAAUCCAAGUCUAUUGGACCAAAAAAGCCGGAUUACGUAAAACGGUACGCGACAGACAAGCCUAACCCUAACCCUAAUCUUUAACCCAGCCCCGGACCUGACCUUAACGCUAAAUUUGAUGGUUUUCUUAAAUUUAGCCGGGAACAUAAUCCUAAUAUAACGUUCCUGCCAAAUUCAAGUAAGUAGGCGUGUUAUGAUAAUAAAACAAUGGGUUUGCAUGUCCAGUCCCUGCCGGCUGUGCUCAGCUUACUAGAUUGAACGCUUUGAAGCGUUCAGCAGGAUCCGAAGGAAGCGGUGCCAGGCAGCCAUCAGCGGUUUAUACUCCAGUUUUCAUUUUUCGACCUAGGUGAACAUUCACAUGCAAGGUCCCCGGUUCUUCCCACUUGAUCGACUGUUGGCCAUCUUCUACGCCCUCUUCGAUCUAGAGAGCGACGCUGACUGCCAGCAUAAGCGCCGCCCGCCCUACACCAGCCUUCUGACCAGCCAGGUGGCAUGCCUCUCGGGGUUGGGGCUCAUCGCUGCAGCCUCCAGCACGACGGCGGCAGGCGCACUGGCCACCCGCCAUGGCAACGCGGGACUGCCGGGCCCCUACAGCAAUCCUGACGAUCCCCUGGCCAAUCCACGUUUCCGCUGUCUCGUGAGUCUGGAGACAGCCCGUGCGGUGGCGAAGUCAAUCAACAUCAACCUGAAUUCAUAUCUUUUAGACUUUAUUUGA